AUGGCUUGGAGAGCUCCUGACAAUCUGAGAUUCUACAUACAGGAAGCACGCCUCGUGUCUAUCAAUCUGGGCUCAUCUCGGCCCAGCGUUGAUGUUGCUUUGCAUGCUCUUCCGCGCCGAUACAGGAAACUACGAGCAAUCCAUCCACUUCGACUCGCCCUCUUCAACGAAUAUUGUCAAGAAUGGACAGAGGAUUUUGUUCCAUGUGUGUCGCUUGGUGAAGAAGACGAGGAUAAGGAGACGGGCGAACGCUUCACAGUGCCGUGUCCACCUUUCUAUCAAAUCCCCCCUAUCAGUCUCGCCCGAGCUGACAGCCUCAAGCGAUUGUUCACGUGGAUAGAUCUUCUUCCACUGGAAACCGUGCGACGAACCGUACAUCUCCUCUACCCUGAGACAAAAGCCUGGUCCUUUGCUUCUGAUGCAGAUGACACGGAUCAUAAAAUCUUCAAAUGUAUAACGUGGUCCCGGUUAGUGGAUCACGACGGUGAACGGCAUUACCGGGGUGCCAUGAGCAUAUUCGUUCAGCCUCCUUGGGUCCUCUCUGUCCGCGAUCUUGAGCUGUUUUGCGAACGUCAAUCGUUCUUUGGAUCAUCUUCGUCAUCGUCUACCGAAAAUUUUCACGAACGUCCUACUACACCCCAUGAAAGGCUAUGGUACAAGCUAUGGGACUGUUGCAUCACUAGAAGCUCUCCAUGGUUUGUCGUAAGCACUUACACGCAUUGGGUCUUUGGAGUAUUCUCGAACGGGUGGACUGCAGCAUUUGUUUCUCCAGUGUAUAGCUAUGACUCUCACGACCCCUCUGUUUUGCAACUCCUGUUAUUCUGGCUUUGUUCAGCGAUGGGAUUCCCCGGUGGUUGGGUGGUCCCGGAAGUUCGCAUCGAACCAGCGUAUCCUAACCAGCAUCUCACGGCCUCGGUCUCCGAUCUCGCCGUUGGACCGCUGAUACGCCAGCAUUUGCCAUCUGGAAUGGACACGACUAGAUCCGCGUCAUUCGAUUCCAUUUGA